AUGGCCUCUGGAGAACUAGGGCCUGGUGUUGAUGACUCACAGCUCUCCCAAACGUUGCUGGGAAAGCGUAAGCGUAACGAUGACCUGGAAGAUGGCAGCAGUGAUGAUGCAAGUGAGCCUGGCGCCGGCAAUGGAAAUAUCGAUGGCAACGCGGAUGUUGACGACAGCUUGUUUAUCCCCGAGGACAACAACAUGAGUCUUGUGCCUUAUGGUACUGUCUUCGACGAGGAGAACGACAGCAUGGCUGGUGAUAUGGUCGAAGAGGACGUGUUUGACGAGGAUGCUCUCGGUAUGCUGGACAACCAUGAUCGUAUUACCUAUACGGAAGUUAGCGAGAAGUUCCCGAGUCGUGCCAUCUACGACGACAAGGUUCCAGCUAUCAAAAAUUCACUCGCCGAAAUACCGCAAAAGGUUCUCGACAUCCUGCUCCCGCACAAGUGCGAUCUUGUGCACUUGCAAACACACAUAGCAGCAGCAGGCGAGCUUGCACACGUCCCCAAGUCGAAAAAACCAAGAAUUGCAUUGAUUGGCAACGCUGGCGUCGGCAAGAGCUCCACUCUCAACGCGCUUACGGACAUUCCUGAGCUGGCAAAAUCCCUCGCUGGUGGCCAAAGCUGCACCUGUGUUCCCACCGAGUACAGUGGACCUUUUGCAGACCAGACUAAGAAGUAUGCAGCCAUCAUUCGUUACUUCGGGGUGCGAGCUAUUCGGCGACUCCUCGAGGAGUACAUCGAGCACUACAACACAUUCUACCACGAAGCCGAUGAUGACUGGGACCAAGAGACACGCCAGAUGUUCGAUCGUCGUGCGAAAAAUGCUCUUAUGAUCUUCCAGAUCCUGUUUCGCGACUGGAAAGAGUUCAGCUCCCGUCAGACUGCCAAGUCUUUCCUGGAUACGUGCUAUGCCCAGCAUAAUACCACUGUCAUCGAUCUCAUGGUCAAAUCUUGUGACGACAAGGUCAAGAAUAAGCCAUAUGUUAAUCACCGGUACUCAGACAAAGUGGAAGCGUCUACAAGGAGUAGACUCCGCGAGCUGAUUGACCCACUCAUCGGUUCCAAGUCGAGCAACAAGGAGGCCACAUUGUGGCCUUUGGUAAAACAAGUAUUCAUUGGUGUAGAGGGAUCCCGUGUUCUGGACCAGCUCACUCUCAUCGACCUACCUGGCCUGAGUGACAGUCUUUCUUCUCGCCACGAGCUCUGCAGCAAGUAUAUCAAGACGUGUGAUUGGAUUUGGGCAGUCGCGCCGAUCAGCCGCGUGAUUGACGACAAUCUGAUCUUCGGUAUCGUGCAACGCUAUGGCAAGCUGUUCCGCGGCCGGAUCAUGAUCAUCUGCACACACUCUGAUGCGGACAUCGAUACGAGAUUGUACCGGGAGCUUCGAGACGGCGGCAUAGACAUGCAACCUUACGCUGAAGCGACCCUCGAGAUGAAAGCGUUGACCAAAGCUGCGAAUGCGCUUGCGAGUGAAGUCAGGCGCGAAAGGAGGGACAAGCGACGCACCAAAGACCAGAUGCGACUUACAGAUCAGAAGCGCGAUCAGGUCGAGAACAUGGAGCAAAAGCUCAAGGCACUAGAGCUCCAACAGACCGAACACAUCGUCAAAGCCCGCAACGAGUACGUUACACAGGAACUGCAGCUUGGGUUUGAGGAUUAUCUGCCCAACGGCAUGACGCUCGCAGUCCAUUGCAUCUCCAAUAUGCAUUAG